AUGUCGCCUUCACUUGUAGUCUUCGGGCCUCAGGUGGCCACAGCGUCAAAGGAGAGCCUUACUCUCCUCCGGCAAUCCCUGUUGGCUAAUGCUCAACUCAACUCGUUUGCUGCAGCUAUCCGCGACUUGCCUCAGACCUGGAGUGACCUGACUAGCCAUGAUCCUCUCCUGACCCAGGUCGAAGGCACGCAAAGGCUUCAGUGUUUCACCAAGUGGCUCAACGGAGACAGUUCCGAGUUGUCAGACUCCUCCGCGUUACCCAAUGCCAUUCUCACGCCUCUGACAGUCAUCAUUCACUUGGUCAACUACUUCGACUACAUGAAACAUGGAGGCUAUAGCCAUCGUCAAAUCCUCGAUCGUGUUGUGCAAGGCGGCGGUAUCCAGGGCAUGUGCACUGGUCUGCUUAUGGCAGUUUCUCUUGCACUCUCAGCACAUGAAGCGCAGGUGGUCGAGAUGGCUACCAUCGCGUUGAAGCUCUCUGUCGGCAUUGGCGCGUACGUCGACCUCGACGGUCACCAGCAUAUACCGCCAAGGGAUGCAUCAUGUCUCGCUGUCAGAUGGAAGCAUCCUGUAAACGAGUCGGCGGUCACUCGAGUGCUGGAACAAUUUCCCGAGGUUUGUUUGAACCCGCUCUGGGGAGUCGCAUAUAUCUCGGUCGUCUCGGAUGAUGCAACGGUUACCGUCACUGUCGAUAAAGUUUCAGAAGUCGAACUAUCUCGGCGCCUUGCUGAAACUGGCGCCACAGCGCGUAGGAUUCAACUGCAGGGUCGCUUUCACACCGACUGCCAUCAGGGUGCCUAUGACAAGCUUGUUUCCGUCUGCAACUCGAAAGCCAGCUUUCGGUUCCCAACUUCUAAUCGGCUACUGUCUGGGGUAAAGAGCGGCAGCGGCCAUGUCAUCGGUCCCGAUCAACUCGUUCAUGAGGUGAUUCUCCGAUCUAUGUUGCUCGAGCGAUCGGAAUGGAAGACUGUCAUCAAAGCCUCGUUGCAGCUGGCUGUUGAGUCCGCUUCGCCAAGGAAAGCUCAAGUCGUCUCAGUUGGCCCAAUGGACAGCAUAUCACGCUCGCUCAUCUCCGAAUACGGCAUCGACAUAACUCACUCCUCGUCUCGUCUCGAUGUGGCAGGCCAUAUAUCCGAGUACGUCUUUCCCCAUGAUUCUAUAGCCAUCGUGGGAAUGGCUUGCAGACUCCCAGGCGCCGACGCAUUGGAGGAAUUCUGGCAACUCUUGUUGGACGGGACAUCCAUACUUGGCGAACUACCCCCGGAAAGGUUUUCCACCCUGGGCCUUCGACGGACGCCGAAAGACAACCGGCCUUUUAUCGGGAACUUCCUGCGUGACGGGUACGCAUUCGACCACAAGUUCUUCAACAAGUCGUCUCGUGAAGCAAGCUCAAUGGAUCCGCAACACAAGGUCGUCCUUCAAGUCGCAUACGAAGCUCUGGAAGCGGCAGGCUAUUUCGGCAAAACCAAACGACCUACGGACGUAGGAUGCUACGUGGGUGUGGCUGCAUCAGACUAUGAGGAUAACGUGGCAUCCCAUGCCCCGACUGCGUUCUCCGUUCUUGGUACCGUUAGAGCAUUUAUUAGUGGCAAGAUCAGUCACUUUUUCGGGCUGAGUGGUCCAUCAAUGGUUUUCGAUACUGCUUGUUCUUCAUCGUCGGUGGCAAUCCAUACUGCGUGCCAGGCCAUCAAGAGCGGCGACUGCUCCAUGGCGAUUGCUGGGGGUGUGAAUGUGAUAACGAGCCCAACUCUCCACCAAAAUCUUGCCGCUGCGAAUUUCCUGAGCCCUACUGGAGCCUCCAAGUCAUUUGAUGCUCGUGCUGAUGGCUACUGCCGUGGGGAAGGCGCUGCGUUGGUGGUGCUUAAGAAGUAUUCUUCGGCCCUGGCAGACGGAGAUCACAUCGUUGGUGUUAUUGCCGGCUCGGCAGUCAAUCAGAACGCCAACACUGCCCCGAUAACAGUCCCUGUCUCACAGUCGCAGACCGCUCUGUAUAGAGAGGUUCUUCGAAGGGGGCAGAUGGAGUCGCAAACGGUCUCAUUCGUCGAAGCACACGGGACGGGCACACCGAAAGGAGAUCCGAUCGAGUGUGCCAGCAUACGAGACGUGUUCGGCUGCCAACCCUCGCGCAAGCUGUACUUUGGAUCUGUCAAAGGGUCAAUUGGGCACCUUGAAGGGGCGUCUGGGGCUGCGGCGGUGAUCAAGUUGCUCCUGAUGAUGCAAUAUCAGAAAAUCCCUCCACAGGCAAGCUUCACAAGUCUGAAUCCGAACAUCCCUCCCCUGGAACCCUCCAACAUGGAAAUUUCCAGAACCAUCAAGCCUUGGGAUUCGAAUUUCAUGGCGGGCUGUGUCAAUAACUACGGUGCAGCUGGAAGCAACGCUGCGAUCUUGAUCUGCCAGCCACCGACACUGACGACAUCAAGGAUGGCGGCCCAGGCUUCUGCUCGGUAUCUUAUUCCAGAAAGCUGUCCCGCAGAGAUCAGAGCCAAUUCGCCUACCAGCCUUGUGGCGAACUGUAAGGCUCUGCUCGCAUUCCUAGGCCGCCUGCCAGAGAUGAGCCCAAGCCCUACACUCGCGGAUGUCGCAUACUGGUUAGCGCAUCGCCAUAACCCUGAUUUGCCACACGUUUGGAGAGGGAGGCUGGACUCUCUCGAUGGCCUCCGUCAGCAGCUGAGAACCUAUGUUUCUUCACCACAUCCGGAAACGUCACUGGUAUCCAAGACCCAACCGCGGCCAGUUGUGUUGGUCUUUUCAGGACAGACCGGCAACACAGUCCAGUUUUCGGAAGAAGCGUUUCGAAGCUCAGUCCUGCUUCAAAGCCACCUGAGUCAGUGCGACCAAACACUGAAAUCCCUUGGUUACGAUGGCAUUUUCCCCGAGGUCCUCAGUCCGCAGCCAAUUCAGAACGUCGUCAAGUUGCAUUGCACGAUGUUUGCUUUACAAUAUUCGUGUGCCAGGUCAUGGAUUGACUCAGGCCUCGAGGUCAAGGCCAUGGUUGGCCAUAGCUUCGGUCAGUUAACUGCACUUUGCGCUGCUGGGGCCAUGUCUCUCGAGGACGGGUUGAAGCUGAUCGCAGGACGUGCUUCGCUCAUCCAAGACAGAUGGGGUCCAGACAGAGGAGCAAUGAUCUCCAUCAAGGCUGAUCGGAUGCGGACCGAGGAGCUCGUACACGUGGCACAGCAACGCGAGAUUCGAGUGCAAAUUGCCUGCUAUAAUGGGCCAACUUCUCAUGUAGUUGUUGGCCCGCAGUCGGCAGUGACAGCCCUCGAACAGCUGUUGACGCAGCAGAAUGGGACGAAAGACUCGAUCCAGCGGAAGCGACUUGAAGUCACGCAUGGGUUCCAUUCACAGCUCGUUGACAACAUAAUGCCAGAGUACGAGGUGCUGGUCAACGAUAUUUGCUUCAAAAUACCCAACACCCAUGUCGAGACUUGUUCGACGGGGAGUUCUUGGUCUCACGUCACCGCAGGACUGGUGGCUCAGCAGUUCCGCCAGCCCGUGUUCUUCGACGAAGCUAUCAACCGCAUACAGUCCAAGUAUGGUCCAUGUGUUUGGUUGGAAGCGGGCACCGGAACAGCGGCCAUCCCUUUGGUUCGCCAUGCUCUUGAAAAGGCGGAUAACCUGUCGAGCCAUUCUUUCCAUCAACUCAGCCUGCACAAUCCACAUGUGUCCAGACCAUCUCAGUCACUCGCUGACACUACGCUCAGCCUCUGGGACUCCGGGGUCAACGUUCAUUUUUGGCCGUUCCACACGCUACAGAAAGGUAGCUACGCCGUUUUGCAUUUGCCUCCAUACCAAUUCGAGAAGCACCAUCAUUGGCUAGAGUACGUUGAUCGUCAUGACAGCACGGCCACCAACACAAAGUCGUCAACAGUCAGCGUGAAGCCUCUGAACAUGGUAUCACUUGUCAACUCAGCGGGUGUGUCCCAAGGAACGGCUGUCUUCCAUGUCGCCCAAGAAACGCAGGAGUUUCAGUCGCUCAUUCGAGGCCACAGUGUUCUGGGACAUCCAUUAUGCCCUCUGUCACUGUACAUCGAGAUCGCCACUCGCGCGGUGGCCUUGAUCACGCCGAAGUUAUCUAGGAACACGCAUUCGGCACAGGUAAACGAGCUUGAGAUAUACACACCCCUCGGCAUGGACACCGCUCGAAAUGUGCAGGUCACAUUGGAAAGGACACCUGGGCAACAGCAGGAGUGGCUGUUCACGGUCUUCAGUUCUCCGGGGAAUGCUCCCUCGAAGAAGACUAGACAUGCAAGCGCUAUACUUGCGCUCACCCUUGACACCGAUCGCAAAGCUUGGGCUUCGUUUGAGCGAACGCAACGGCUCAUCGGUGCAGAGAAAUGCGAAUCCAUCCUCGCUGAUCCUACGUCGGCUGCCAUACAGGGAUCUCUUGUUUACAAGAUGUUCGACAAGGUAGUCAAUUACUCGGGCAUCUACAGGGGUGUGCAGAAAGUCGUGUCCCGGGAUCGAGAGGUGGCCGGCUACGUUGCCAUGUCUGUCCACGACGUCGCGCCGCCGGGUGCGGACGAAUCCAUCACCAACCCCCUCGCAAUCGACAACUUCACCCAGGUGGCUGGCCUUCAUAUGAAUGGUCUAGAUGAAUGUGGGAAUGAUGAAGUCUUCAUCUGUUCCCAGGUCAAUGAGAUCUGUCUUGCACCAAAUCUGAAGCAGGACGGGAUCGGCAAUGGGCCCUGGCUUGUAUACUCGAACUAUACGGCUGGGGGCGAGCGGCAGUUGGUCAAUGACAUAUACGUGUUCGACGUCGCAAGUCGGAAGCUAGUCAUGAUAAUUUUGGGGGUCAGUUUCACCAAAACCAAUGUCAACUCCCUCCAGAAGGUGUUAGCACGAGCCAACAAGUCUGCGACAAGCAGCGCCCCUGCUACGAGACCAGAACAGGUCUCCACGGGUCUGGACCACUGCCAGCUCAAGGAUGAGAAGAAAGAAUAUCUGACAGUUCCAAAGACAAUCAAACCACCCAGGUUUGAAAUUAGGGACACGUCCAAGGACAUCAAAUCAGCCAUUUUCCAGCUGCUUCACGAAGUUGCUGACGUGCCCCUCAAUGAGCUUCAGGAUGACACGUUGCUCAGUCAGGCUGGAAUCGAUUCUCUGAUGGCAACAGAGGUCAUCAAUGCCAUCGGAGAGAGGUUCAAUGUGCAAGUUUCACCUGAUGAACUGUUGGAAGCCAGCACAGCGUCUCUUUGUGCGCUGAUCCAGCCUCAUGACAGCGGUAGCAGCUCUUCAGACGAGGAGUCCAGCUUCGAAAGGGGGUCAGGUUCCAAGACAUCCCCCUCCGCCACAAGCGCGUACGACACUUCGGCGAGUGGAAUGGAAGAUGUGGCGGCCAGGUUACAGAAGAUCGUCGGAGAUCAUCUUGACAUACCCGAUACUUCAUCUUCGAACCUGUUGCUUUCCGAAGCCGGCGUAGACUCACUGCUGGGCAUAGAGCUGGGGUCAGCAAUCGAGGACGAGUUCGGUGUCAACGUGGACAUGACCAAUCUGCCUCCUGGAUUCACGUUCGCGGCCCUGGUGAAACUAGUCAUGCCCUCAUCGGCGGAAGAUCAUAUCGCAACUCCCGCACACUCUACUCCCGCGCGAGUGCAACGUCCAGCGCCGAACCCUGCCACGCAGGAGGCAUCAUCAACAGCACCAUCGACACCAAAGGCUGAAUUGGAAUUCAACCUCCUGGAGCAUGCGGUCGAGGAUUUCCGAAGUAUCAAGGGCGACUAUCUCCGACUUUCACAAGAUGCCGGCUACGCAGGCUUCCGUACCCAUGUAUACCCGAAGCAGAGACAGCUCGUAUCUGCCUAUGUCCUUCAGGCAUUCUCUGCAAUGAGCUGCAAUGUCGGCGAGCUUGAACCAGGGGAGCCCUUACCGCCAAUUGCUCAUAUCCCGAAGCAUGACAAAGUAAUGGAACAGUAUAGCAUGAUCCUCCAGGAUGAGGGCUUGCUUCGCCUAAACGCCGGCAAACUGGUGAGAACAGAGACCCCAAUCCCAAACGUGAACAUCCAAAAGCUCCUGGAUGAGAUGACUGUCGCCUACCCACAGCACACGGGCGAACUCAAGCUUCUAAACUCCACAGGCUCGAAGCUCGCCGACGUCCUAUUGGGGAAAGUUGAUCCCAUUUCGAUCCUCUUCGGCACCAAAGCAAGUCGCGACCUUCUCGAGGAUAUCUACGUCAACUCGCCAAUGUGGUUGACGGGAACGAAGGUGCUUUCCAACUACUUCACAAAAGCGCUUGGAAGACUCCGCGGAAGCGGUGGGAAAAUCAAAAUCCUGGAGCUUGGCGCCGGCACUGGUGGGACGACCCGACACAUCCUGCAGGUGCUGGCUUCGCUUGGAAUCGAGUUUACUUAUACCUUCACUGACUUGUCGUCGUCGCUGGUUGUUGCAGCCAAACGCAAGUUUGCGCAGUACGGGCGCUCGGUGGAGUACUCAGUCUUGGACGUUGAGACCACGCCCCCUGCCCACCUGCGCGGCCAGUACCACGUGGUCCUCUCUUCCAAUUGCAUUCACGCUACCAAAGACCUAGUGACCUCAAGUCGGAACAUCCGCAAUUUGCUUCGAGAUGACGGCAUCGUCUGCCUGCUUGAGCUGACGAGGAACAUCUACUGGCUGGAUUGCGUAUUCGGGUUGCUGGAGGGCUGGUGGCUCUUUAACGAUGGCCGCCGCCAUGCACUGGCAGACGAAUUCCUCUGGCAGAAAACCCUCAUGGCGGCUGGCUUCAAACAUGUGGAUUGGUCUGAUGAUGACAGCGAAGAGUCUGACCAGUACCGCCUCAUUGUCGGCUUUGCCUCAGCCCCAGGCCACCUCUUGACCCAAACGACGCUUCAAAAGUCGCCCAGGGUCACCAAAGAGACCAUAGAGUAUCAUAACGUGGAUGGUCUGUCUCUCCAGGCAGAAGUAUACUACCCCCGGAGUGACGACACGGCCAGUGGCAAGCGGCCUGUUGCUCUGAUGGUCCAUGGCGGAGGUCACAUCAUGCUAUCACGCAAGGACAUCCGACCAAGGCAGACCCGCCUCCUCAUAGACCGCGGUUUCCUCCCUAUUAGCAUCGACUACCGUCUCUGUCCCGAAGUAACCCUACCCGAGGGCCCAAUGGCAGACGUGUGCACAGCGCUGCGCUGGGCCCGACACAAACUGCCGACACUGACCCUAGCACGGCCCGACGUCCGGGCAGACGGUCGCCGCGUAGUCGUCGUAGGCUGGUCGACGGGCGGCACCCUAGCCAUGACGACGGCCUUCACCGCGCCCGCACGGGGGCUGCAGCCGCCCGACGGCGUUCUCGCCUUCUAUUGCCCGACCGACUACGAGGACCGCUUCUUCCGCUCCCCCAACUUCCCGCAGGGCACCACGGCCGCCGACGCAGCCAGCGAGUACGACCUGCUCGAGGGUGUGCGAGACGCCCCUAUCACGGCCUACAACGUGCCGGCGGGCGAGGGCCGUCGCGGAGCCACAGGCGCCUGGAUGUCGCUUACGGAUCCCCGGUCGCGCAUCGCCCUGCAUAUGAACUGGCGGGGCCAGGCGCUGCCUACGCUGCUGGAUGGGCUGCCCAGUAAGGCGAAAGCAGUGGACGCUAUCACGACGUCGGCGACAGCAGGAGGGUCGAGGGCCGGGACUAAGGUCGACUGGAUGGAACGCCCACAACCGAGUGCGGAUCGCAUCGCGGCCGCGAGCCCGUAUGCGCGUAUCGUGGCAGGUGAGUACACAACGCCGACGUUCCUCGUGCACGGGACCAAAGACGAUCUGGUCCCGUGGGAGCACACGCGGAAGGUGGGCGACGCGCUGGAGGCGAGGGGCGUCCCCUCGGGCACGAUCAUUGUGGACGAUGCGGUUCAUCUCUUUGAUCUGUAUCCAGAUCCGGAGGGAAAGCACUGGGGAGCUGUGACGGAUGCAUACGAGAUGAUGUUCCGGCAGCUGAGGAUGUAA